UUCCGGUGUGCGAGAUUUAUAGAUUGUAAUUGUAGCCUAUAAAACUAGAAAAAAAAAAAAAUGCAUCAGAGGCCAUCAGAUUUAGAUCUCUCUAUUCACCACACCCAACGAAUAACCCAAUCCAACGGCUCAAAUUUUAGUAGGUUUCUUAUCCGGAAGAGAAAGCAGAGCGUUAUUGGCGUCCUCUCAUUGCCUCUCGUCCGCGGCGCCGUGCGUCGUCGUUCCUCAAUUUCCCGCACUUUUCACUUCACUCUCCACAACAAAAAAAACCAAAUUUCAACGGUAAACUUAACACGGUUACGAGAGUUUGGAUAUUUUUCUUUCUGGGUUUAUUCACUGUAAAAUUCCUUGCAACACUUGGGCACUUUAUUUUCCUAGAAAGCACAAUUUUUUUUGUUUCUUUGUUACACCCAAAAGAAUUUGGUUAACAUGGGGUUCUUUUAUAGCAUCGUGUUGGUGUGUAAGUUUUGAAAAAUUAGUGUGGAAACUUUUGAAUGUGGAAGAAUAUUAGGAGGGUAUGCAUUAGUUUGAGUUUUGAGCAGCAUUUUAGAGUCAAAGGAGUUGCCUUUAUAUAAUAUAUUUGUUAAUGUGAGUGGGGUUUGGACAAAAAUAGUAUAAUGGAAGGAGAGAAUUCUGGUGAAGCUAAAGAUGUGGGUUCCUCCUAUAUGGUGUCAUUGGAAGAUGAAGGUGGUGAAUGCUGUGCUGUGGAGGAUGUUGGAGCUGCAAUGGUGUUGGAUGAUGAUCCCAAAGAAUAUUUAGGAGGUGGCGUUGUAGAACCCACAUUGGGCAUGGAGUUUACUUCUGAAGAAGACGCCAGGAAUUUCUACAAUGCCUAUGCUAAGCAGACCGGUUUUAGUAUCCGCGUGAACUCAUAUUAUCGUUCAAAGAAAGAUAAUUCGAUUAUAUCCAGGGAGUUUUGUUGUUCUAAAGAAGGUUUUCGUCGGGAGAGACGAGCAAAGAGGGUGGAUUCCGGUGAUGAUGCAAAGAGGAGGCGUGCUAGGCCUAUCACUAGGGAAGGCUGCAAGGCACUCAUGACUGUGAGGAAACGAGACAAUGAGAAAUGGUAUGUGGCAAAACUGGAGAAGAGCCAUAAUCAUGAGCUGGUGACUCCAGCAAUGCGGCAUUUUCUUCGCUCACAUAAGGAAGAAUGUGAUCCUAAUAAAAGUUCAAGCAACUCUUUCAGUUCUCCUCUAAUUGGUUUGAAUAAUUCUUCUCUAAAUGCUUUGGCUGAAGAUGGUAAUAGUUUUGGCAAGGUUCCAUUUGCUGUACAGACUCGUGUCAAUUAUAUUGGAAGAGGACGGCUGAGCACUUUUGGGAUAGAUGCUCAAAGUCUACUUGGAUUUUUUAAGGCUAUGCAAGCUAGUGAUCCUGCAUUUUAUUAUGCCAUACAGGUAGAUGAAGAAGAUAGACUAAGUAGUGUUUUCUGGGUUGAGACUAGAUCAAGAAUUGCGUAUAGUUGUUUCUCUGAUGUUGUAGCCUUUGAUACUACUUAUCAAGUGAAUCAGUAUAAAAUGCCAUUCGCACCUUUUACUGGAGUAAACCAUCACAAGCAAUCUGUGCUCUUUGGAUGUGCUUUGCUUGCGGAUGAAACUGAAUCCACUUUCAUUUGGCUCUUCACUUCUUGGCUCGAGGCCAUGUCUGGACGGCAACCAGGUUUGGUUAUUACCGACUAUGAUUCAGCCAUUGGUAGAGCUGUACAACAAGUGUUUCCGAACUCAAGUCACAGAUAUUGUAAGUGGCAUAUUAUGAGCAAAAUGCCAAAAGAAAUGGGUGUCGUAUAUGGUGCCCUCCCAAAGACUUUUCAAGUGGAAUUUGAUAGAUGUGUUAAUAAGAGUGAGACAACUGAUGAAUUCGAAUCUGCUUGGCAGAUGCUUCUGGAUAAGUACAAUCUCAGAGGAAAUGAUUGGCUUCAAUCACUUUAUAUUGAUCGCAAACUAUGGGUGCCUGUACAUGUAAGAGACACAUUCUUUGCAGGCAUGAAUGCUGCCCAGCGAAGUGGAAGUAUGAACUCUCUUUUUGAUGGCUAUGUGAAUGCAAGGACUACUUUACAAGAUUUUGCAGAGCAAUAUGAAAAGGCUUUAAAUGAUCGGUAUGAGAAAGAAUCAAAGGAAGAGUUUGAAACAUUUUAUACUAAACCAGUUUUAAAGACACCGCUACCGGUGGAAAAACAAGCAGCAGAAAUCUACACCAGAAAAAUGUUCUCCAUAUUUCAGGAUGAAGUUUUUGAAUCUCUUGUGCUUGCUGUGAAAUUAAGUGGAGAGGAGGGAGGAACCAUAAAAAAAUAUGAGGUUGCUAGGUUUGAUGAAGAACAUAAAGUAUAUUUUGUAGAUUUUAAUAUCACUGAACAGAUAGCUACUUGUAGUUGCAAGAUGUUUGAAUUUGAAGGGAUCCUAUGUAGACAUGUGCUUGCAGUAUUCAAAGCGACAAAUGUGUUUAUACUCCCACAGCAUUACAUCUUAAAGAGAUGGACAAGAAAUGCCAAGGAUGUGGCCAUGUUGCAUAUACUUCCGAGUGUCGAAAUGCAGGGUAAUUCACAAAAAGGAAAGAACUUGCAGUACAGUAUUUUGUAUCAGGAAGCCAUCAAAUGUGCAGAGGAAGGGUUAGCAUCUGACCAUAUUUUUAAGGUGGCUUUAAAUGCCUUGAGAGAGGCUAGAAUUAAUAUUAUGGCUGCAAAGAAAAAUGCCGUCAAUGCUCCAAAGCUAGACACUAUGGCCAGCACAAGUAAUAGAGGUGACGAUGCAACAAUUGCCAGUCAGGGAGACAGUUCAUCACUAAUAAUAACUACCCCUGACCACCAGUGAGAUAAAACAGGAGAUUCAUCUGAAGAAAACAACACAUCCAAAUAUGUGUUGGAGCAGUCAUCCAGUGGAGUUUCUUUACGUAGUAAUUGUAAGUGCCCUGGACAUGAUCGUCAUACUUGCUUGUGGUUGAAAGGUUCGAGUCAGAAUAUUUCAAUGGACAACUGAGCCUAAAUUCUGCCACAUCUCAAGAACAUUCCUUCGACUUCAAGUUUAAGGUAUUCCCUUUAUACUUGGUAAUCUCCAUUCUUCUUGUAGUUUAAGGUCACAAAAUUUAGGAGGAUAUGAGGUUUGCAGUUUUUAUUGCAUCCAUAUCGUCUCCAGUAAAUUGGAUUCGUAUACUGGGAAGAGUUUAGUGGAUAACUUGGAUUUAUUUUCCAGCUUGAAGAUAAGUUUCUUAUGGUUCAUUAUUUGCCUGAAUGGCUUGCAAACUAUAACAUAUGUAUUCUUUAGCAUGGUUGAAGGUGAAGGUUAAAUAUUUUUUUCA